AUGACUGGCAUUCCUGUCUUUCCUGCGGCUCAACAGGCUCAGAUAAUCCGUGCCCAUCAAAGGGAUCUUUACCAUGUAUCGCUCUUGCGCGAGCAGGUUGAGAAUACAGCCAGGUCCUGGUUGGGCACGCGAACGCUGACAAGAUGGGACAAGGAAGUCGAGUUGUUGAUUAAACUAAUGUAUCAUGGUCUUACGACUGGUCGUGCGACUCAGACUUUAGGUGAAGAGUAUACCGAUAUAUGGCAACAUUCUGCUACCGUACCCCCUUCGCCACUAACGCGCGCAGCAUUAGUCCUUCUGCCCUCCGUACCAGCCUAUAUUCUAUCGCGAUUCGUGAACAUGAGUCGCGUCUCCGCACGCAGUCCUAGGCUGGCCACGCUUUUAAGAUACCUUCCCUUUGUUCUGGAGACUUUGACGGAUAUUAACCUUGCGGUAUUCUAUAUACGAGGUGUAUAUUAUGAUGUUUUCAGACGGAUCCUCGGAGUCCGGCAUAUAUCAUCUUUACCCGAAAACCCUCACAUCCGGCCUCCUUCGUAUUCGUUACUGGGCAUACUAAUUGCUGUCAGACUGAUCUACCGGCUCAUAAUGUUUGCGAGAAGUAAAUCCUCGAGUGCACUGCUGGAGGAGAAAGGAAAACGAGCGAUCCAAGUUUCUUCCAAUCGCGAAACGUACUUGGACGAUCGACCGGUAUCACAGAUGCUGGAUGUCGUUGACCCGGAAAGUGAGCCCGCUAAACCCGCUGAAGAGGAUGCGAGAACAAUGUUGGAUGUGGCAUCUUUGCCUCCUGCUGUGAGGGCCUCUAGGACUUGUACACUCUGUCUCGAGGAAAGGACGGACACAUGCUCGACAGAAUGUGGGCACUUGUUCUGUUGGAGUUGUAUCAUUGGGUGGGGGCGAGAGAAGGCCGAGUGUCCACUGUGUCGACAGAGUUUGGACCCCACGCGCUUACUACCGAUAUACAAUCUAUAG